AUGGUUCUUGUUCCCGUUCGCAAAGAUUACCCAGUGAGUGCUUUGCUCGCGUUGUUGGGUUUCACAGACUCCGCGGACGAUCCCAAUGGUACCAACGUGAAUAAUCAGUCCUCGCUUCAACCACCCACAACUUCUGCUGCUCAAAGUACUCCGGCAGCCGAUUCGGCCGCACAACUGCAUCCAUCCAGGUCACGACGUGUGCCUCGAUCUCGAAUUUUGGAUGAGUCUUUAGGUGUGCGCUCACAUGCGAACCCGUCUGUCGACGAUCAACCGUCUCCGGGCCCGAGUGCUUUGACUGUCCCCGGUGAAGUCUCACUUCCAGAGACAAGCGCCCCCGUCAUUCAGUCAGCCCUUCUAUCACAGACGGAUACACAACAGUGCGUGAGAGAUGAAGAGGACGCAGGGGAAGAGUCAAUGCGACUUGGUGACGCUGACUGA